UAGGACCCAUACAGGGGAAAAGCCAUAUCACUGCAUGGAGUGUGGAAAGAGCUUCAGUAAUAAAAGUCAACUUAAGUCACACGAGAAGAUCCACACGGGAGAAAAACCAUUUCAAUGCAUGGAGUGUGGAAAGAGCUUCCGUCGCUCUGAACACCUUACUGACCAUCACAGAAUCCACACAGGGGAGAAACCCUUUCAAUGCCUGGAGUGCAGAAAGAGCUUCAGUCAAAAAGUUCAUCUUAAGUCACACGAGAGGAUCCACAUGGGAGAAAAAUCCUUUCAAUGCCUGGAGUGUGGAAAGAGCUUCCAUACAUCCAACAUCUUAACGUCCCAUCAAAGUAUCCACAGAGGAGGGAAACCAAAUCAAUGCACCGAGUGUGGGAAGUGCUUCAGUCAAAAAAGUAACCUUAAUACCCAUAAAAGAAUCCACACAGGUGAAAAGCCCUAUAAGUGCACCGAGUGUGACAAAUGCUUCACCAAUUCGGGGGGCCUCACUUGCCACAAAAGGCUCCAUUCUGGGGAGAAACCAUAUAAAUGCUUGGAGUGUGGAAAAACCUUUAGCAACAGCUCUUCUCUAACCAUACAUAAUAGGAUGCAUAAAGGGGAAAAGCCUUAUAAAUGCCUGGAGUGUGGAAGGAGCUUCAGUAAAAAUGGUCAACUUAAGUCACACGAGAGGAUCCACACGGGAGAAAAACCAUUUCAAUGCAUGGAGUGUGGAAAGAGCUUCCGUCGCUCUGAAUACCUUACUGAGCAUCACAGAAUCCACACAGGGGAGAAACCCUUUGAAUGCCUGGAGUGCAGAAAGAGCUUCAGUCAAAAAGGUCAUCUUAAGUCACACGAGUGGAUCCACAAGGGAGAAAAACCCUUUCAAUGCAUGGAGUGUGGAAAGAGCUUCCGUGCAAAAAGUAGCUAUCUCAUACAUAGCAGAAUCCACACGGGGGAGAAACCCUUUCAGUGCUUGCAAUGUGGAAAGCGCUUUUCCCGUUCUGAUAGCUUUCAUGCCCACAAACGGUCCCACACAGGGGAGAAACCGUAGAAAUGCCUGGAGUGUGGAAAGAGCUUCCGUAC